AGUAGGGCCUCUGUCCUCGGUGCUGAUCUGUCCAGGAAGCAUUCAGUCCCUUCUCUCGCCUUUGUGUCCUAGGAGUAAUGAAGUCCAAAGAGAAACAAGCGAGAAAAAAUCUCAACGUGGAAAAUAACCUCCAGGAAAAUGAAGGAGGGGAGCAGGCCCCUGUGAAGAAUGGAGAGGAGGCCCGCCCUUUGGGAGGGGGUGAAGGCCGGGAGCCUGGAGGAAAUGUCAAGCGGGGGCGGGUUUGGCGACUUGCCCCUGAUUUUCGAUGGGGCAUACCUAAUAGGCAUACUGAUCACAGUGAAGUGGGAGAUGAUGUAGAAAGGUUCACAGAGCAGAUGAUGGAAAUCAGGAGAAAGAUUAGGGAGCAGCAGGUGAGGCAUUAUAUGUGCCCCCAAAUCCCUGAACCUGACAAUCAUGAUGACUUUUGCCUUAUACCUUGAAUACUACGUACGGUUUUCCCUGAGGUUAAUAAUGUGGCUUCUGCUUUACAACUUGUGUUGCUGUGAUUUAGUUUUGCUGUCAACCUUUUGGUGUUUCCACUUACCAGUUUCUAAUUGAAUAUUGUGUCAGUCUGCAAGUGUCUGUCUGCAGGGCAAUUUCACCCGUUUUUAGGAAAAGAUAUAAAUUUCAUAUUGUGAAAUUAAUAGUUUAAAAGGCAGUCUAUAUCCCAUCAUCUUCCUCUUCCAUUCCAGUUCUUAUUUUUUGUUAAUGUUGCCUUUCUUCUCCCUGUUACAUGGACUCAAAAUCUCAGUUGUCUUUGACUAUUUUUUGCUUGUCUCCAACCAGUCAGUAAGGAAGUUUCUACUCAUAAUUCAACAUCUGAUAAUCAUUUUAAGAAUGUAUGUCCUAGUGUUUUUAAAGAGUGCUAGUCCACCAUCUGCAUAAAAACACCAACAUCUGGGGACCUUUUUGAGAAUGUACCUCUGGCACCCAUCCUCUAGACUCACAGAGUGGGACUCCAGAAUUUCCAUUUUUAACAAGUUCCCCAGGAAAUUCUGAUGUACAUCAAAUUCUGAGAACCACUGGUGUGUAUAUAUAUCAGUAUACAUAUGUGUGUAGAUUGUGUCCUAUUAAGUGUAAAUAAUAAAGUAAGUAGAAUAGCAAGAAUGAAUAUCUAAAUUCAAUGGGCAAAACAUUCAACAGGAAAAGUAUAAGACGUUCAAAUAGACUGCCCAUAGGAGUGGUUGGGAUAGUGACAAACUGGAGGGUGUACACUGUGCAGGACGGUGUGUCGGAAGGCCACAUACAGUCAGAGGGAUCUAGAGUUCAUGGCCCAUGUCAGCACUAUGCCCUGCAUCUCAUUUUAUCCUUAUCACAAUCUGUAAGGGCUGUAUUCUCCCCCUUUACAGAUGAGUGCACUGGGGUUUAGAGAUGUUAAAAGUACGUGGACUACCUCCUGCUGUGUACCUUGGGAGGAGGAAUCAGGCCUACCUCAUUUUCUGUGGGACCUUGUCAUCUGCAGAUGCAGAAUACCUGACUUUUAUAACUGUGGACAAGCUGAGGAAGGUCAAAGACUGCAAGAUUGAGGCUGAGAAUGAAUUAACUGUGUUUUUCUAUAUUUCCAGUACUGGCGGGGGAUGGGGGGCACCCGAUGCUUUUGAGUCGAUUCUGACUCAUAGUGACCCUAUAGGAGGACAGAGUAGAACUGCCCCAUAGGGUUUCCAAGGAGCACCUGUUGGAUUUGAACUGCCUACUUUUGGGUUAGCAGCUGAGCUCUUAACCACUGCACCACUAGGGCUCCAUUUCCAGUGCAGGCACUUCCAUUUUUUGAACAUUAGAGCAGAUAAAACUCUUAAAGACCCUCCAGUCUAGUGUUCUUCAAAAUUCUGGUCACCACCCAUUAUGGUUUGUGAAAUUAAUUCUGUGGGUCAUAACUAGCAAUUAAAACAACAACGAAAACAUGUCAGAGUCCAUCACCCAUGGGUAGUGUUAAUAAAUCUUUUGAGAAACUUGUUUAAGUUUUAAACAUGGUUUCCGUAGAAAAUAUAUUUCUCACUGUGGGUCACAGUCAAAAAUUUGAAAGUCACUUCUUCAGUCCAAACUUCUUUUCACAGAUAAGGAACAGGAGUAGGAAAGUGAUUUUCCCAAGGUCACAUGGCCAGUUAGUGGCAGAGCUGGGACCACCUAGCUCGGGGUGCUUGUCUCCUCACCACAGUGCCUCCACAUGGCAUUAUUUGGAAAUUUUGACAGCAUGCACUGAUUGCCAGUUGAUGUAUAUGAACAAACUUGUCCAGCUUAUUUUUACAAAAUCUCUGAGAUUGUUUAUUUGAUGUUUAUAUUAUUUAAUCAUCUGAAUCCCUGCAUGUUCAACUGGGAAACAUAUUUAAGGAUAACUCUGUGCCCCUUAUGAAAUUUGGAGCUGCAAUGAUCUCUCACCUGUCUAGAGGAAGGGGAUGAUGGAGAGUCUGAUCUGAAAAUGCAUGGUGGGAACUCAGGCACUUCAUAAAGGCCAGCUGGUUGAGUGACGUUUAUGAAUGACCUUUUGGCUCCUGGGUUAUGGAAUGACUUCUUAAACCUGCCAGAAGCAGGGUUCAGUCUGUUGUCCCUGUCUUUAUGUUCCUCUAAGGGUAUUUGUGUAAUCUAGCACCUCAUGCUUGCAUAUCACCAAAUUUGUCAGCUUUGAUGCUAGAUUCUUAUUCAGCCUCCUUUUCUUCUGGAGGGAUGACUAGAUCUCUCUGCCGCUUCUCAACUUUUUAUUUUGAAAAAAAGUUAAACCUACAAGAAGUUUGAAGAGUAAUAAACACACACACACUCAAUCCCUUCAUCUAGAUUAGAUUCACCAAUUAAUAUUUUGCCAAUUGCCUUAUUUCUGUCUUGAGAUUAUAUAUAUAUAUAUGUAUAUAUUUCUUUUAUUGCUGAACUAUUUUAAAGCCAGGAGCCG